AUGUCCUCUAAACCACGCAAACGUCCUCAAUCUCGAGCUUCCACAACUAGUAUUCAUAGCGGACUUGCACAGCCAGUAAUGGAGCAGCAGUAUAUGGACCCGCCACAGUGGUUUGAGCACAACUCCAAUCCACAACACAACAAUAUUCCCCAAUUGUCAGCCGAAGACAUGGUUAUGCAUAGUGCUUCGCAACUUCAAAAUCCCCGACCUUAUGAUAUGGAGCAUUCCCUCAAUGGAGUCUCGAAUCAUAACAUGCAAUCUUAUCAUUCGGAAGUGCAAUAUAGACCUGAAAGCGGACGUCAAUCUAUACCAAUGGAUAAUUAUGCUCAAAAUUAUGGAGAGGGUGACAGUCAAGUCUUAGAAGGUCGCAGUGAUGAGCAAGACGAGGUAGACUCCGUAGCAGGGACAACUGGCACAACAAAGAAGGCCUCGAGAUCAAGCGCCGCCAAUGAGUUAGAAAUGAGACAGCUAUUCCAGACAAAUAAACACCGCACCUUGCCAGAAGUUGCUGCGGAACUUCUUUUAAAUGAAAGAGGACCACAGUCGGAAAGACAGAGACAAGUAUUUGCUAUGCUCUGGAUCAGCAAAGUCUGCGAUAAAGGUACAGGGUCCGUUCCAAGAGGUCGUGUCUACGCAAACUACGUUUCGAGAUGCGGCACAGAGAAAGUAACGGUCUUGAAUCCUGCAUCUUUCGGCAAACUUGUUCGUGUGCUUUUUCCGGGGUUAAAAACUCGGAGACUUGGUAUGCGCGGGGAAUCAAAGUACCACUACGUCAACUUUAGUCUCAAGGAUGACCAGCCACAAUUGCAUGAGAUUCAAACUCAGCAGCCCAUUACAAACUUCAACGAUGCGAAUUUUGCGCAAAGUUUUAAUCAAAGCAUGACAUCGCAAAUUCAGUACCCCGUGGAUAAAUAUCCAAUCGAUAGAGCUCCGUUUCCAUCUCCCGCAAUUGCUCAAGAACCCGAGCAACGCAAACAACGAUCGGGGGGAUUCAUUAGACCUCACAGUCUCUACACCCACCCAGUGGUCGCGAAGCUUGCAGAUCUCGAAUGCACAACAAAGACACCUCAAGUCCUUCAUUUUGCGCCUUUAGGAGAGCCUUCUUUGCAAGAAUAUGGAGCUAUUUCGCUCCCCAAAAUCCAGCCAUUUUUGCCCACGGGCACGGAUUCAGAUUCAGCACUGGCAUUAUCUGCACUCUAUCGCUCUCAUUGCACUUCUCUCGUCGAACAAGUUGUGCCUAAAGUAGUUUUGGACACUUUACGCAACAUUUCCGACCGUCUAGUUACACAUAUUCAGAACUCAUUCCACGGCCAACCGGCACAUGUUAUUGAAGCGAAAGUCGGACCGGCUACAACUUUUGCUAGUCUUUUGGACAAAGAAUUAAGAGUGAAUCUAACUGCUCAUGCUGCAGCAAACAUGCUAUCCAAUCCUUUCAAUCGUGAUUCAAUGUACGAGGACUUUAUAACCAUGGUUAACAUAAGAAAAGUUGCGGAAAGCGUGCCUACGAGAGGGAUGGAUGACGUAGUUCAUCUCUUAAUAACGGAACUACGUGAUCUUCUCGAUCCUAGCGAGGUUUCGUGGGAGAUAGAAGGACAAACCCCUUUUGGAGAAAUGGUUGCGCGCAUGGGCCGUCAACGACAAGCGAGUGUCCAUGCCGACCCAACUACGGAAAAUGUUCUCGAUCGAUGGGUAAACAUGCUUCUCUCACUACCUGCCAAAUUUCCGUAUGCUACACACGCAGAAAUCGUUUGGUGUGUCCAAAAAAUUGGCACAGCUGUGAUGAGAGAUCUUACUAUCGCCCAAGGUAAAAGCUUUGGUGCUUGGUGGGUAACUAAAUGUUGGUUAGACGAGAUGAUUGCAUUCAUGGCAGAGCAAGGAGGUUUUAUGCAGCGAGAAAUCGGUCAAGGAACGAUGGGGGAUAUGCCUAAGAACCCCUCAGCGAGUCGAAGAAACAGUCAGCAAGAAGGUCGAUACAGUAGUGGAAGUGAUGAGUUCCUUGGGCGUGGGGUGAACGGUGAGCGGCGCGUCUCAGGUCCUCGGCCAAUGGAUUUUGCAAGAGAGGCUGCAAUGAAUGCAGCUGCUGGUCAUGAUGAUAGCGGGAUUGGAAUGAGGACGCCUGAAGAUGAAUUUUCAAUGGGAAAAUAUGGAUUCGUCCAAGAUGAUGGGCAUACAUCGAUGGAAUCUAAUUCUCUUCAUGCUAUAUCACAAGGAUCCAUGUCUUGA